CAGGAGGGGAACGCAGAAAGCGCGCUUGUGUACUCGAAAAAGGUCGAUGUGUUCGAGGCUGAGCUGAUGGAGAAAGUUUCGAAACAGCAGAGGUCAAAGAUGAAUAGAGUUCAGGUUUGUACGGUGGCGCAGCUGAUGACGUCAGAGAAUCUUCGCAAGCUCAUGGCGAUGCAGCAGGCGCGGGGGGUCGAGCGGCACACGAUGAGUCUCUACGCCAUCGACAGCUGCUUCCUCCAGCUCUCGCGCGAUAAGACCCUCGCCAAGGGCCAGGACGCGGACCCUGUGGAGCCCGACGAGCUCGCGCGAGCAGUGGUGGAGUUUCUAUCCAACAAGCUGGAGGGGGAGGAGGAGGCGUUCGAAGAGGCGGGCCUGCGGGAGAAGCCGCUGCCUCCUCCUGACUCCAUCCUUCACGCCAACUUCGAACCUCUGUGGCUCUGCCUCGGCACCCUCGGCCUCCGCCCUCACUCGACCAUGUCCCGCGUGCUGCCCGUCAUCGUCCUCCUCCUCCUCCAGAAGGAGAAGCUCAAGAUGGCUCAGCUCGACCUCGCUCGCCCUCUCCUUCCUCAAGGAAGCUCCUAA